UCUAACCUCGGGAAUACCGAAUUUAUCCAUGGUCUGAACAAGGAAGCUGGUAGUUAAGGUUUUGGGUCCCGCCAAAAUUAUUUGUUUCAGGAAGCAGUGUGACCUGGCACGACAAAACACUCUCCGAUGGCAUGGGAUGUCUAAUCUUUCGGGCGGAAUCUGGUUAGUAACGUUUCUGUUGGAUUCUCCUACCGGCAAACUCCAUUGAUUCUCCCCUGGAUGGUUUCUGGAUAAUCACUUGAUUAACGUAUAUCGCCAGCUGUUCGGUUAAAUUCGUCACUGACAUAGAACUGAAAUUUGAAAGCUCUGCACAGCAAAUCAAGCUUGAGGAGAGUUGAGGUGGCGAUGAGCAUAAGAUGGCCAAGAGUUUUAACUCCGACACAUCUCGCUCAAAUUAUAAGAACCCAAAAGAACCCGUUAACAGCUCUUCAAAUCUUCAAUCAAGCCCAACAAAAGUACCCCAAUUACCGCCACAACGGUCCCGUUUACACCACCAUGAUUGACAUUCUGGGAAACUCCGGUCGACUCUCCGAGAUGACACAAGUGAUUGAUCAAAUGAAAGAAGAUUCUUGUGAGUGCAAAGAUUCAACUUUUGCUGGAGUUAUCAGAACUUUUGCGAGUGCUGGAAUGGUAAAUGAGGCUGUAGAUCUUUUUAACAGCAUUCCUCAAUUCAAUUGUAUCAAUUUUACUCAAUCUUUUACUACCCUUUUGGGAAUCAUGGUGAAAGAGUCUGAUUUCAAAGCGGCUUAUCAGCUUUUUUUGGAGAAUUCUUGGAGGCUGGAAGUGAAAUCCAGGGUGAAAUCUUUGAAUUUGUUGAUGGAAGGGCUUUGUCAGUUUAAAAAAUCUGAUCUUGCUUUGAAUAUUUUUCAAGAAAUGGAUUUUCAAGGUUGUUAUCCGGAUAGGGAAAGUUAUAGGAUUUUAAUGAAGGGUUUAUCUGAUGAUGGGAGGUUAAAUGAAGCUACCCACUUGCUAUAUUCAAUGUUUUGGAGGAUUUCCCAAAAGGGUAGUGGUGAAGAUAUAGUGAUUUAUAGGAUUUUAUUGUAUGCUUUGUGUGAUAAUGGCAAGGUUGAGGAAGCUCUGGAACUUCUUGGUAAGAUUUUGAGGAAGGGUUUGAAGGCUCCUAAGAGCCGUCGACACCAGAUUGAUUUAAGUAGAUGUGCGAAUGGGGAAGAUUCAGAAGCUACCAAACGUUUGAUUACUGAAGCUUUGAUAAGAGGAGGAGUUCCUAAUAUGGGUAGUUAUAGUGCAAUGGCUAUUGAUCUUUACAAUGAAGGUAGAGUUGAUGAGGCUGAGACAGUGCUUGAUGAAAUGCGUAAGAAAGGGUUUUGGCCAUCAUUGUUGAUGUAUGAGGCAAAGGCAGAAGCUUUGAGUAAGAAAGGGGGAGUUAGUGAAGCAGUCAAGGUAAUUGAAGAGGAUAUAAAAGAGGGAACUUGUGUUCCAAGUGUUAGGUUGUACAAUAUUGUCUUGAAAUGCCUCUGUGAUGCAGGGGAUUCAGCAUUGGCUGUUGGGUACUUGAAGAAGAUGGCCAAGCAGGUUGGUUGUGCAGCUGACAAGCAAACUUACAGCAUUCUAGUUGAUGGGUUGUGUAAAGAUGGUAAAUUUGUUGAAGCAAGUCGGGUGUUGGAGGAGAUGGUGAUCAAAUCACAUUGGCCUGGUGCAGAAACUUACAAUAUUCUUGUAAGGGGGCUUUGUUCAGUAGGUAGGCAAUAUGAAGCUGUGAUGUGGUUGGAAGAGAUGGUUAGUCAGGGCAUGGUGCCACAUUUUUCUCUAUGGAACUCAUUGGUUGCAUCUGUUUGUUGUAAAAGGAGUGACAUCGAUGCUUGCUUUGAGGGCAUUUUGACCCAGUAAUUACAAUUUGUAUGGAACAAUGAAUUUGGGCAAAAAGUUCAGCAACAACUUGGCUUUGUGUGGAAAUAAAUUCGUCAGGAAUUAUUGUC